AGCAACUAGCGGUGAUUGGAGGAGGGGCUGAAAUGCUACCAGCACUGACAGUUUUCUUCAUGUUGAUCUUUGUCUUGCUUUGUCUCCUGGGGAUCCUGGCCAACGGCUUCAUUGUGCUGAUACUGAGCAGGGAAUGGCUACGUCGUGGUAGGCUGCUCCCUUUGGACAUGAUCCUCCUUAGUUUGGGUGUCUCCAGAUUCUGCCAGCAGUGCGUUGGGCUAGUGAACAGUUUCUACUACUUCCUCUACCUGGUCGAGUAUUCCAAGGGUCUUGCCCGGCAGCUCAUUGGUCUCCACUGGGACUUCUUGAACUCAGCCACAUUCUGGUUUGGCACCUGGCUCAGCGUCCUGUUCUGUACCAAGAUUGCUAACUUCUCCCAUCCUGCCUUCCUAUGGUUGAAGUGGAGGCUCCCGGCACUGGUGCCUUGGCUCCUGCUGGGCUCUAUCCUGGUGUCCUUCAUCGUAACUCUGCUGUUCUUUUGGGGAAACCAUGCUGUGUAUCAGGCAUUCUUAAGAAGGAAAAUUUCUGGGAACACAACCUUUAAAGAGUGGAACAGAAGGCUGGAACUAGAUUAUUUUAUGCCCCUGAAACUUGUCACCAUGUCAAUUCCUUGCUCUCUCUUUCUGGUCUCAAUUUUGCUGUUGAUUAAUUCCCUCAGGAGACAUACCCAGAGAAUGCAGCACAAUGCCCACAGCUUGCAGGACCCCAGCACCCAGGCUCACAGCAGAGCUCUGAAGUCACUCAUCUCCUUCCUGGUUCUUUAUGCACUGUCGUUUGUGUCCAUGGUCAUCGAUGCCACAGUCUUCAUCUCAUCAGAUAACAUGUGGUAUUGGCCCUGGCAAAUUAUUCUUUACUUGUGCAUGUCUGUACAUCCAUUUAUCCUCAUCACCAAUAAUCUCAGGUUUCGAGGCACAUUCAGGCAGCUACUCCUAUUUGCCAGGGGUUUCUGGGUGUCCUAG